UUGUAAGUUAACAGAUUAAUAGUAAAGUUUAUUCGUUGAGUUAAUAUGGAUCUGUUGAAGUUAUUAGUCAUGAUCUCUUUUGUAUUAAAUGUUUGCUGUAUAACUGGUGAAUGUUCUGCAAGAGUUAAAGAUGUAAAACAUAUGUAUCGCAGACACAUGAAUGAUGAUUUACCACUUAGGGAACGAAUUAUAAAAAACAAACAAUAUUUCCAAGAUAUUUAUGUUGAACAACCAUCACCAAUGAAAAUAUCAUUUGGCCAUGUUUUUGAAGAUCCUAGGCAAUGGGAGCAACGUUUUGAAACUCAAGACAUGGAAAAUAAAAGAUUUCAAGGCAAAGUACGAUGGGGUACUGAAGAUGGCAAUUAUGUUGAACACUAUUGGGAUUUAAAUCAUUAAAAACCGGUUAAAUAAAAUAAUAAUAUCAUUUAGAAGUUUUUUCAUGAAAUAAUGUAUUUAUUGGAUAAAAAUAUUUUUUACUUUACAUGAAUACUUUGUUGAACUUUAUUAUUUUAAGUGAGAUUACGGAAUCUGAACGAUUCUUGCUUUUGAUCCAUUGGGUAAUAACUCAAGAUGCAAUAAACCAUCCAAUUUACUAAUCGUUGCUUCAGCUUUACGUAAUGCCUGUAAUAUAAAAUCCGAUGAAUUUUCAAAUAAAAAAUAAUAAAAAAAAUUUCAUUCA